UUUUUAUCGUCGUUCAUUAUAAAAUUGUAGACAUUUGUUUAUUUUGAUACAUUUUUGUGUUUGGGAUUGGUAUUGGUUUGGGUUCUGAGAUUUUCAGUGAUAUGAUAUGGUUUUCCAGUGAAGUUGUAAUUGCACCUUUAUUGUGUGUUUAUUGGUUUAGGUCUUUCCUAUAUAUAUAUAUGUGAUUAUGUGAGUAUUUAGGCUAUAGAAAGAGGGUUAUGGAUACUGAUGUGAUGGAUUUGUUUACAAAUAAAACAGUCAAGAAUUACAGAGUACAUUGAAAAAUUUUGGAGAAGGGUUUUGGGUGAAGAUAAAGAGUGAAAGAGAUCUAGAGAUAGGGAGUGAAAUGGGGUCCAUUGUUUGUAUAAGUGAUUUGUUUGGUGGUUAUUCUGUGAUUUGUGUAAUGAGUAAUUGUAGUAUUGCAGACAUUACUAGUAAAAAAUGAAGACAACAUUACACUAAAAUAACUUCAACGAGAGCUUUGUUACCUUUUAAUAUUAUUUCUUUUUUAUGUUUAUUGAGUUUUUAAAUGAUUGAAGUUGUAAUAUGCUAGAGUUGCUCAUGCCUAAUCAAUUUGAAAGUCUUGGAGCCAAGCAUCAGUAAUUUGCAUAUAAAUGUUGCCAAGAGAAAAGAAUGUACUUUACUUUUGAGUGAAAUGAAAAGAACAGUCUUUUGAUAACAUGAUAACAUGAUCUGUCUUAGUUGCCUACUUUGUGAAAGAGCUAUGGUGUAAGCAUUUUAAUUAUUGAGAAAUUUUUUAGCACAAUACGAUGUGAGCCAUAUUAUGAAACUCUAAUUUCUGUGUGCAGAUUUAUGAUUUACUAAAAGAGAAUCACGUGGUUUGUCUUGUAUGCAGCUUUAACCCCAUCUUACCUUGUGUCUAGGCCUAACCCCAAGUUUCAAUCCGGGGAUUAUUCUGCAAGUGGUUCUUACUUCAAUUAAGGAUUGCGGCUUAAAUUGAUUGUUUUGGGUCUUCUCAACCAAAACUGGAGAUGCUACCAUCAUCCACUGUUCUGUCUCUCGCCGGUGCUGGCACCGUUCUGACGGUGAUUUUUUCCGGCGAAUUGGGUCAUCUCAAAGCCAAGUGUUCUCCCAGACCCAGAAAGGUUUUCAGCCGUUGGUGCAUAAAGGAGCUUUAUUUACAGCAACACUCCAUCAAUGGUUUCAAGUCCAAGAAGCAAAACUCACUUUCAAGCUUCGCAUUCGGUAAAAAAGCCGAAGACAGCUUUUUCUUGGAUGUAAAUGAAGAUACAGAUGACAUGUGUGAAGAUUUAAUUAAUAAUUAUGGAAAAGUGGUAUUUAGUAGAAAAGACAAAAAGCCUGCUAGCGCAGAGAUUGAUGAUGAUGCUGAAAGCCUGUCAUUUGCUAUGGAAUUGGCUUCGGUUGCAAGCGAGGUUAAGGCAGCAGAUAUAAAGGUCUUGUUUGUGAAGCCACUUGUUUACUGGACCCGAAUUUUUAUCAUAGCUACAGCAUUUUCCCGUCCGCAGAUUGAUGCUAUCGGGUCCAGGAUGAGAGAUCGAGCUGAGAAAAAAUAUGGAAAAAUUCCAACAGGAGAUACAAAGCCCAACUCAUGGACCCUGUUGGACUUUGGUGAUGUUGUUGUACACAUCUUCCUUCCCUCACAGAGAACUUUCUACAAUUUGGAAGAGUUUUAUGGUAAUGCAACACCGGUAGAGCUUCCUUUUGAGAAUCAACCACCAUUUCGUAGUUGACAGCUCCUUUUAUUUGCCAGUUGUUGUAAAAACUCAAGAUGAUCAAGACAUUUAUAAUGACCAGCUUUGGUUUGUUUACGUGAGUAUGAUGUAGGCUUCCAAUGUCCUUAUUAGCAGGAGUGGAGAAUCAGUCAAUGGGGAAGCGAAAAGGCACAAUUUCACUGCAUUUAGAAGUCUUUUUUUUCUGAAUUUUUACAUUAGAGUGGUAAUUCCUCUAAAAAAUCUUUACCAAAUGGGAAUAGAGACAAAUUGCUGAAGUCUGUCUUGAAAUUCGAUAUCUGUUAGUUUGAAUUAGGUGGGUUUUGUAAAAAAAUUUAUUCUUUUUCUUCCAUAUUUAAAACAGGAGAAAGAGAACAAGAAAAUGAUGAUUCAAAGGAAACUUUUGCUCU